AUGGAACUUCAAUUAGUUCAAAACGGUUUCGAUUAUGUCCGCAAAAGAAAGAAAUGGACCUUCAUCUUACUCGCAGUAGGGUUCACCACUUACGCAGAAGCCGUUUCCGAUUCUGCAGAUACCAUUGGUAUUGUCACCAAAGACGUGAAUGAUUUCUUACAAUCCGAUUCUGAUCGAGUUCCGAAUAGUUUGAAUCAAAUCUCUAAAUUAUCUGCCUCGAAACAGUUUUCAGAUUCUUUGGUUAGUAUCAUGACUUCCGUAACUGUCGGAGUCUUGCGCGGUUAUCAAACCGUGAACCGGAGUGAUGAAAUUCAUCCGUCCGGUUCUGGUUCAAUCAUUGCGGACAAGAUGAAACAAGUUAGGAGCUCUAUGCAUUGA